AUGGCUCCCCACCAGCUGUGCUCAAGGAGCCAACUCAGUUUGCUUCCAUGGACACCCAGAAGAAAUGAUUUCUCUAGCUUGUUCUAUCAUGCUUCAUUUGCAAAAUGUUGCCUUUUCAUUCCAGAUGAAGUCAUUUACCUUGAUGGCUUUUCCAAACCUACUUGCAAAUCCGUAGUUCAGAUGUUCAGAGAAUUUGUCAACAUGGACAAAGUAUCUCGUAGAACUGCUGGUGAAGUGGUUGGACCUGGUUCAAGAUCAGUUGAGAUAGUGAUUCGUCGUGGUCAUAUUGUUGAAGAUGGAUUUCAACAAUUAAACUCCCUUGGGUCAAGGCUAAAGUCCAGUAUUCAUGUUUCAUUUAUUAGUGAAUCUGGCCUUCCAGAGGCUGGCCUGGACUAUGGUGGAUUAUCUAAGGAGUUUUUGACUGAUAUAGCAAAAGCAGCCUUUUCCCCUGAGUAUGGGCUGUUCUCCCAGACCUCCACUUCAGACAGACUUCUAACCCCUAAUACAGAUGCAAGAUUUCUAGAGAAUGGCAUACAGAUGAUUGAGUUUCUUGGACGAAUCGUUGGCAAAGCAUUUUAUGAGGGCAUAUUACUAGAUUAUUCGUUUUCGCAUGUUUUUGUGCAAAAGAUGUUAGGUCGCUAUAGCUUUCUUGGUGAACUAUCAACACUCGAUCCUGAGCUCUACAGGAAUCUUCUGUAUGUAAAGCAUUAUGAGGGUGAUGUCAAGGAACUCUCUCUGGAUUUCACAGUUACUGAAGAAUCAUUUGGGCAACAUCAUGUUGUCGAGCUUAAACCUGGUGGCAAGGAUGUUUGUGUGACAGACGAAAACAAGUUGCAAUACAUUCAUCUGAUUGCAGAUUAUAAACUUAAUCGUCAGAUACUGCCAUUCUCAAAUGCAUUCUACAGAGGCCUGACUGAUCUUAUAUCCCCAUCAUGGUUAAAGUUAUUUAAUGCAAGUGAAUUUAAUCAGUUGCUUUCAGGCGGAAACCAUGACAUUGACGUUGGUGAUUUAAGAAAUAAUGCGCGGUACACUGGUGGUUAUACUGAAGGGAGUAGGGCCGUAAAAAUCUUUUGGGAGGUAAUUACAGGAUUUGAACCAAAAGAGCGUUGUAUGCUUCUUAAGUUUGUGACCAGUUGUUCUCGAGCUCCUUUGCUUGGGUUCAAAUACUUGCAGCCAACCUUUACCAUUCACAAGGACUGCAGUAGGAAAACUAAGUUUAUGCCAUACACAAUUGAUUUCAUGGUUUCAUGCGAUGUGCCUCUUUGGGCAACAUUUGGAGGACAAGAUGUGGAGCGGCUUCCUUCAGCUUCUACAUGCUACAACACUCUCAAGCUUCCCACAUACAAACGUGCAAGCACUAUGAGAGCAAAACUUCUUUAUGCUAUCAAUUGCAAUGCAGGGUUUGAGCUUUCUUAG